GUCGGGCAUGAAAGACGAAGAUGAAGGAGAUGACGCGACCCCGGCAGGAGGAGCAGCACCAGCAGGCCCGACAAUUGAUGGUGGAGUUGUAUUAACUGGAUCUUCGUCUUCGUCAGCCGUCGUUCCGAAGCGGAUCAGCCGCUUGCCGCCCGUAUUCCGUGAAAAUUGACGAUUCCCAUCCAAUGUUUGCAUGACAAAAGUCGACUUUAAUCCAUGUUUUGCAUGAGAAGUUGGUUGCUGAAGGCGGUUGAUUUUCACGGAAUAGCCCGCGGCCGCCGCUCGAAGGGCGAGUUUGCUGCAGAAAGAGGAGCCAGAGACCAUAUGGAGUUCUCUUCAAACGGUACUACUCACACUGAUAUUACCUGCAUGCAUGAAUUUACAAUGCAAGAAUAGCAAAAGCGAAGGCGGGGAGUUCGCGCCUCUCGCAUAUAUAAACCUGGCGCGGAUUGCCAUGCUAGUAUGAUCGAGCGCCUCGUCAGGAAGAGCUUUUUGCCAUGCGAGGUAAGUAGGUUGAAGUUGAUCGCGUGGGGGGUUUGAUAGUGGUUCUGCGUGGCAAAAAAUCAUGUAUAAAUAAGCGGGCAAUGUUGAACAUCAAUGAAUGUUGCAACGUUUGAGAAUCUUCCCUCCAUAGAGCAAGUACAAUGAAUGGGGCGAAGAGGUGGACGGCGAUGGAAACGUAAUCGAGCACAAGAAGUAUGAUCAUGUAGUCGAGGCAUCUUCUUUUGGAGGUACCUCUGAUCUGUCAUCUGGCAUAGGAAACAAUCGAUUCGGUGCGGGGAGUACCUUCGGGAGUAGCUUGAAGAUCGGUGGCAUAACAUCUCCGAAGACCAAGAAAGACGGAUCACAGGAGCGUGGUGGUCAAACCAGCCCGCCGGUUUCCGCGCUGCAGAACCGGGCGUCGCGCCUGGGAAUCACGAAGUUCAAGGUGCAACUGCCCGCCGGGGGAGCGCAAGGCCUAAAUGCUCGCCAGUUCGACCACGAGACGGGGCCAGAAGUAUCAACUGUAAAAAUGUCUGGGUCUGGAAGAAUCCAACUUGUCAUGCUGGUUUUGGAUUCUAAAAAAAUCUGUAUUGCAUGAGCAGCAAAGAGAGUCCAAGUUUUGCUACACGGAGUGAGCAUUUGUCAUGCAGUAUAGGCAUCAGGAAGCCCUCACAAAAUCUGUGACGCUAGGGCAUGCAUCACAGACAUCAGGAGUCAUAAAAAAUGUGCAUGACAAACCUGGCAAUCUUCCAGACCCAGACAUUUUUACAUUUGAUAAGAAGAAGUCAACUACCACAUCAGCAGCGAGGAGGACAGCGCAGACGAGGAGGACAAUAUCGUGCGAAAAAACUGUUUCACUGUGAACUUGUGAUGCAGAAAACGCAUCAUCGAAGUGAUGUUUGUCUUUUGUUAGUAAUUUUUAUAAGAAAAAAAUCAUUGAAGUGUUUGUCUUGCUACACAUGCAAGACAAGUCAUUUUUAGGGAUGUUUUCCCUUAGGAUCCUUGCAUGGCAAGUUUUCUUUGUAAUGUGUAAUGCAAAACUUCUUGCAAAAUCCUUACAGUGAAACAGUUUUUUCUUACGAUAGACAAGAGCGUCGGGCCGCAGCGGGUGGCGGGCCAGCUCCGGGGCGGG